AAGAAACCGUAGCGCAUGCGCAAUUGGUUGAAUGUUUAUGAAAGCCUACUUGUCGUCAACUACUGUUACUCUUUGUUAUUGAUAAUAAUAACAUUUACUGUAGGUUGGUUACAUAUUUUUAUUUUUCAUAUUCGUUAACUAUCGUGUAUUUGCAGAGUAUUAAUGAAUCAUCUUUUGUGAAAAGCAACAAGUUAUACGAUGGUUUACUUCAUUAAUGUUGGAAAGUAAAGGUAAGUCUUUCGACAAGCAUACUCUUGGGCAGUGCAGACAGUGACUUCCGGUUUGGUAUCAAUAACAAGAAUUUUGUUAAAAUGUCAACUGUAGUUGUUAUUUGUGCUUUCCUGAACAAUGAAUAAGGAUUUUUGGCUAAAUUUACAGCAGAGUAAGCACUGAUUGACUCAGACCGAAAAAUGAGUAAGUUCAGCAUUACAGAAAACAGUCAAAGCAGGGACAACAUUGAGCUGAAUAACUGAACGGAAUCCACAUAUCUUCAAGAUGAACAAUCACUAUGAAUCAGUUCGUGUCAUGGACAUAGACACUUCAGGGGGCCUGUACCCCUCCUGCCAGGGAAUUCAUGGUUUAAAACGCAGCAGCUGGAAAUGGAAGCUGCAGCUUCUUAACCUGUGUGGGAUGAUCUACUUUUUUCUGUACUCUGUCACAGCUCUAGUAGUAGGAGUCACUGUUGCUCUGCCUGAGCUCUACAAAAAUAACCCAGAUGUGCUGUUUUACCGAGUUUUAGCAGGCUGGUAUAUAUUUUCCAUGCUUGUAGUCAAUCAUAUUUGCAUAGUCCGUAAUUACAAGAGGUCUGUGGUGGACUCGUCAACAUGCACAGCCCUUUUAAACCAGACUGAAACAAGUGCAGAGGAGAAGCGUUGGAAACAAUGCUUCACAUGUAACCAGCUGGUCCCUCCUCGAGCCAAGCACUGCCCACUCUGUGACAGAUGCGUCCUCAAAAGGGAUCAUCACUGCUUUUUUGCUGGAUGCUGUAUCGGCUUCCAUAACCAGCGAUACUUCAUUGUGUUCUGUUUUUAUGGAACCCUUGGUGCUCUGUACAGUUUGUGCAUUGCCAUUGGGUACCUGGAAGUACACUAUGCCAAGCUAUCGUCCCAGGAAUUUUACAAUUAUUUGGUACCAUGGUUGUUAUGGAGAUGGUUUACUAGUGAUAUCACCAUAGGAACAGUAACAAUGGUUGUUUACAGCUACUGCUGUGUUGUUACAAUGGCAGCAUGUGCACAUUACUUUCUUUGGCAGUGCAUGCUGUUGUACACAGGUCAAAGUUCAUAUGAAUAUGUAAAAGGUAUCAGGCUUUAUAAAAGAUCGCUCUUUGACAACAUGUCCUCAGUGUUUGGACCCAUGUGGUUGCUAAAUUUCAUAUUUCCAAUGCCUUUCCAUAACUCUGGCAAUGGAAUAGAAUGGAAUGUAAGCUUGGAUAUGAAAGAGAGGUAAUUAUUGUACAUUUCCAUGAUUAUAAUAUGUGUUACGAGCAUAAUCAUGAUUUUUGACAUGAUUGAUUGUAAGGUUGUAUGUGUUCACUUUUUCAUGGUUAACCAUAUUGAUAUUGUGUUCAAUAUUAAGGAAGGGUUCUAGGGGUCCUUUGCUGCAGCAGCAUAUUAAUCUGAAGGCCCCCCUUAACAUGCUUUACUUAAGUUUGUAACAAGAGGGUUAUGAAGGACCCUAUAGUUUCAUGCAUAAUUUCAAAAACUGUUCGAUGAUUGUUUACUGGUGUUUGUUAAUUAUUUGGAUUUUGAUGAUUUUUGGUCAUCAUGUACACGUACGUAUAUCAUGCUGAUCUAUGAAGUAAAAUUGUUGUUGAUUUAUUUUGGUUGCUAUACUUGCAGGAUUUGUCAAUUAUCAAUCAUACAGUACUGUCACAAAACACAACAUCAACAUGAUAUACCGUAUUUGACGUAAUAAGCGCCCAUGACGAUAUUUGCUAAUAUAUUGGCUGGUGAACAAUCCCAAUUAGCUUCCGAUUGAUUAAUGUACACAAGACAUAUUUAUUCGCGUAUAAUACGCACUCUUGCUUUAUAUGCACCCUCAAUUAUUGACGUCGAAUACGGUAUAUAAUAUAUAUAUAUAUAUAUAUAUGGUCUAUUUUUCGAGUAAACAUUUGGGCUAUUCUCUCAAUUGUUUUCCAAUUCUCUCAUUUAGUAGUUGCCAUUUAAACAUGACAUACUUAUCAGUAAAUCUCUCUUUGUUGGAUUUAAAUUGUUAAUCAUGGACUGUCCUGAGAGGAAGGUCAGAGGUUAGAUUCGACAUAAUACAUUAAAAGAUAGUACUUUUUGUUACUCUGGCUGGCACUGGAAAUUAAGGGAGUGAAACAAGAACUGGUCAGCUUGGAGUCAUAUCCAUGUUAAAAUCUCAGUUGGCUAGACCUAUAAAGCCAACGUCAGAAGCAGCCACAGAUACACACAUGCAUACACAUGGUCAUAUAUGUGCAAUCAUCUUGAAUGUGAUGUUAAACUGCAUUUUAACUUCACCUCAUCUCAGUGGGUUGUCUCCCUUUGGCCAUUUGUCAGCUGUAGUAUUCUCGGGUCUCAGGAAAUAAAUCAUGACUGACUGAUUUUUCCAAGCUAAUUGUUUUGACAUUUUUACUGACAUGCAUAAGGAACUAGGAACGACACAAUGUAGCAUUGUAUCUCUUAGUUUCUGACAGAUUGUUUCUCGCUAUAAUGAUGCAUUUAAUUUUUUAACAAUUAAUAUAUUAUAAACCAUGUUCAUUUUUCUGUGAAAAUCCCAGUUUGUCUUUGAAAGUUUUUCACAGUGUGGUACUUAGAGCAUUCUAUGCAUGUAACUUGUAUCUGUUGUCUGUUGCAUUGCACAAAGUCUUCCCUUAUGUGAUAAUCAUGAAAAUAUGUAUGAAUGCUGGUGUACACCAGGAAUAACACUCAUUCACCAGCCUAACAUAAUCCCCUCUGAGGUCCGCAUACAUCUGCCAAUGAUGCUGGAGUGCAUGGACCCCCUGGUGGAGUGAAAGUCCUCCACAGUGAAAAGGACGUCAUCAUCAUGUGUGUAAUACUUGUCAGACAGUUCUUUUUUCAAUUUUGCGAAGUGUAAUAUUUUGUAUUAUAGCUAAAAUGGAUAGAAUUAUCAUAAAAACGCCCGCAUGUUAUCAGAAAUGAGCGGGCCACUGUAACUUGAUAAUGCCCUCAUAUU